AUGCCGUUCCAAGACCAAGGCGGCAAUAGAACCACCAUGGUAGAGAUCUCGCCAGCUGAGGCGCAGAGAACCACGGCCGUUCUCGAUCAGCUGCGUUACUACGGUGUGAAUGUGCAGCACCGCACAUUGGGCUCCGAGGCUGGUCAGGUGCGCCUCGAGAUCACGACUGGACCACCUGGCGAGACAAACCCCGACGUGCGUCGCGACGGUCGCAUCGCCAUUCCGACCUCUGACUCUGCUGAGCGCCAACGGAUCUGUGAUGAGGUGAUAUCGCUCAGUUCCAAGGGAGCUCAGCUCAACUGUCUCCUCCGCGACGACAUAGUUUACGUUGGUACUGGACCUGUAUGA